GUACACAAUAUCCUCAAAAUACGCCAGACCUUGAACUCGCAAAGAACUCAACAAAAACAGCUGCUCUUACUGAAGGGAAACUGCGCAUUUCAAAUGGUUAUGAGCCUUAGAGUUUCUGAACUGCAAGUACUUUUGGGCUACGCUGGAAGGAACAAGCACGGGCGUAAACACGAACUUCUCACAAAAGCACUGCAUUUGUUAAAGGCUGGCUGCAGUCCUGCUGUACAAAUGAAAAUUAAAGAACUCUAUAGGCGGAGAUUUCCCCAGAAAAUUAUGACACCUGCUGACUUAUCUAUCCCCAGUGUACAUUCAAGUCCCAUGCCAGCAACUUUGUCUCCGUCUACCAUUCCACAACUUACUUAUGAUGGUCACCCUGCAACAUCACCAUUACUUCCUGUUUCUCUUCUGGGACCUAAACAUGAACUGGAACUACCCCAUCUUACAUCUGCUCUUCACCCUGUCCAUCCGGAUAUAAAACUUCAGAAAUUACCAUUUUAUGAUUUGCUGGAUGAACUGAUAAAACCCACCAGUCUAGCAUCCGACAACAGUCAGCGUUUUCGAGAAACCUGUUUUGCAUUUGCAUUGACUCCACAACAAGUGCAACAAAUCAGUAGUUCCAUGGAUAUUUCUGGAACUAAAUGUGACUUCACAGUACAAGUCCAGCUAAGGUUUUGUUUAUCAGAAACCAGUUGUCCACAAGAAGAUCAUUUCCCACCCAAUCUUUGUGUAAAAGUUAAUGGGAAAACUUGUAGCCUUCCAGGCUAUCUUCCACCUACCAAAAAUGGUGUGGAACCAAAGCGACCCAGCCGACCAAUUAAUAUCACCUCACUUGUCCGAUUGUCCACAACUGUACCAAACACCAUUGUUGUUUCCUGGACUGCAGAAAUUGGAAGAAACUAUUCUAUGGCAGUAUAUCUUGUAAAACAGUUGUCCUCUACGGUUCUCCUUCAGAGGUUACGAGCAAAGGGAAUAAGGAACCCAGAUCAUUCUAGAGCUUUAAUUAAAGAGAAAUUGACUGCGGAUCCAGACAGUGAAAUAGCUACGACCAGUUUAAGGGUUUCUCUACUCUGUCCACUUGGUAAAAUGCGCCUAACUAUUCCAUGUCGGGCACUGACGUGUUCACACCUGCAAUGUUUUGAUGCAACUCUGUAUAUUCAGAUGAAUGAGAAAAAGCCAACUUGGGUUUGUCCUGUAUGUGAUAAGAAGGCUCCAUAUGAACACCUCAUUAUUGAUGGUUUAUUUAUGGAAAUCCUGAAGUACUGUACUGAUUGUGAUGAAAUACAGUUUAAGGAGGAUGGAUCUUGGGCUCCCAUGAGAUCAAAAAAGGAGGUCCAGGAAGUUUCUGCUUCUUAUAAUGGAGUUGAUGGAUGCUUGGGUUCUCCCUUGGAUCACCAAGUAUCUUCUCACCACCAAUCUUCAAACAAAAAUAAGAAAGUAGAAGUAAUUGAUCUCACUAUAGACAGUUCAUCAGAUGAAGAAGAGGAAGAACCAUCUGCCAAGCGAACCUGCCCUUCGGUAUCUCCUGCAUCGCCAUUAAAUAACAAAGGCAUUUUAAGUCUGCCUCAUCAAGCAUCUCCAGUGUCAAGGACCCCAAGCCUUCCUGCUGUAGACACAAGCUACAUUAAUACAUCCCUCAUACAAGACUACAGGCACCCAUUCCACAUGACUCCCAUGCCUUAUGACUUGCAAGGUUUAGAUUUCUUUCCCUUCUUAUCAGGAGACAAUCAGCAUUACAACACCUCCCUUCUUGCCGCUGCAGCAGCAGCUGUCUCGGAUGAUCAAGACCUUUUACACUCGUCUCGCUUUUUUCCAUAUGCCUCUUCACAGAUGUUUCUUGAUCAGUUAAAUGCAGGAGGUAGCACUGCCCUUCCAACCACGAAUGGAAGCAGUAGUGGCAGUAACAGCAGUCUUGUUUCUUCUAACAGCCUGCGAGAAAGUCAUGGCCAUGCCGUUGCCAAUAGAAGCGGCACAGACACAGCAUCAAUCUUUGGCAUCAUACCGGACAUUAUCUCAUUGGACUGAUUUCCCCUCUCCUUCUCUCUCCCACCCCCCAGACUCAAUGAACUUGGCAGAAAGAAGAGAACUUUGUGCUCUGUUUUACUUUAUUCUGUUCAGAAACGUACACAAGUGUGUGGUUUUUUUUCCUUUUUUUAGGGAAAAAAAUUAAAAGAAAUGUACAGAGAACAAAACUAUAUUUUCAGUUUUACUUUUGUAUAUAAACCUAAGACUGCCUGUCUGGUAAAACACGUGAAAAAAAAAAAAGAAAAAGAAAAAAACAGCCACCCACAAACCACCUUCUAUUCAUUUUACUGGAUUCUGAAGAUUUUGUUUUCAACAUUUACAUUUGUCCUGUGGUUUUAUUUUUGUAGUUUGGACAUAAAAGACAUUAUUUUCUUUGCAGUAACAGAAAAGGAAUUGCAUGUAUGAAAUCUUAAAUUGUAGACAGUUUUGUUUUUGUUUUUUGUUUUUUUAGACGGAAAAACACCUUUAAAAAAAUGCCAUUUCCUGAUAAUGGCAGAGUUGAGUUCUGUGUUUUGCAUAGAUUUUACCCAACCUUAAGUUAUAUAAAUCUCAUCUGUCCUGGUGCAUUCAUUCCCUCUGUGUUUCAGAAUAUAGCUUAUGGGAGUGUGUGUUAGUGUUAGUAUGUGUUCUUGUCACUUCUGAUUUUAUCCAAGUUUGUAUUCUGUUGGAAUAUCAACUUUUGCAUUUCCCCAAACAUGUUAAAGAUCUUAAAAUUGACAUUUAAGAAUCUUUGCAGGCUAUUCCAGUUGCUUGUAUUCCAUCACAUACUUCUAUCUGCUGCACACACUAAAUAUUUCCUUUUGAAGAAACCAGGGUAAAGCUGACUGGGCAAAAAAACAAAAAGGCUUUAGUGGGCCUAUGAAGAGCGUCUUAACCUGAAAAGGACUGACAUACUUUCAUUCUGACUCUUAAGUCAGAAUGUUAGAAGUUGGAACUCUUCGAGGUUUCCAAAAUUAUUACUUAUGUAGUCUGUGAACACCUGCUUUGGUGAAAAGGGUAACAAGUUUUCAUGAAAAAAAGUUUUCACCAGGCUAAGGAAGUAAAAAUAAUUUAAAAUGCUUACAUUGGUUGCUUGGUUUGUGCAGCUAAAGGAGGUCAUGGUGCAGCAUCAAAAAAAAAAAAAUUAAGAGAAAUAAUUCUAAAAGUAAGUGCUUUUUGGAAAAUAAUUCUGUAGCACCCAAUAUGUCUCAUCUUGUAGAAAUCCUCUAUUUGAUAAAGGAUUCGAAGAUCAUAAUGUUUUUUACUUUGUCACUUUUAAUUUAUGGCUGUCAGUAUGCUUCUGUUCUUAAGCUUUGGGCCAAAUUUAAUGCCCGUCAUUUAAGUUUUCUUUCAUUUUAUUUUUUUGACUUUAUUUUUAUUCACCUUUUCAAGACAUGCAUGACAUAGGAAAGACAUUUUAUAAAACUAUGGAAUCAAUUGGCCUGAACCAUUCUUAUUAAAUAGUGGAAUGUGUAAAUAGAUUGAAAGCUGUUUCUCAGAAAAGGG